CUCGCCAUGUUGUCAGAGUAAAUCUGUUGCUCCAGUUUCAUUACUUUGCCACAGAUUUAAACUUACCUUGUGGGUGUGUCAGCUAUCAAAGUACAACGAUGUCGGCCGUGUCCUACCACAUCUCUAACUUGCUGGAGAAAAUGACGUCUACUGACAAAGAUUUCAGGUUCAUGGCCACAAAUGACCUGAUGCUGGAGCUGCAGAAAGACAGCAUUAAACUGGAUGAGGACAGCGAGAGGAAAGUGGUCAGCAUGUUGCUCAGACUACUGGAGGACAAGAACGGAGAGGUGCAGAACCUGGCUGUGAAAUGCUUGGCCCCUCUGGUGAGCAAGGUGAAAGAGCCUCAGGUGGAGGCCAUGGUGGACACGCUGUGUUCGAACAUGACGUCAGACAAGGAGCAGCUGAGGGACAUUUCCAGCAUCGGACUGAAGGCUGUGAUCGCUGAGCUGCCACUGUCUUCCUCAGGUUUGACUCUGACAGCCAGUGUGUGUAAGAAGAUUACCUCCCAGCUGAUUGGUGCUUUGGGAAAACAAGAAGAUGUCUCUGUUCAGUUAGAGGCCCUGGACAUCCUGUCGGACAUGUUGGGAAGGCUGAGCGGCGCUCUGGUCAGUUUCCACAGCUCUUUGCUUUCCAGCUUGUUGCCUCAGCUAACCAGCCCCAGAAUGGCAGUCAGGAAGCGCUCCAUUUUGGCUCUUGGUCACCUGGUUCCCUGCUGUAGCCCUGCCCUUUUCUCACAGCUGACUGAACACCUGUUGACAGAGCUGGGCAAGGCUCCGCCCACAUCAAUGACGAGGACGUAUAUCCAGUGCUUGGCAACUGUUAGUCGACAGGGCGGCCAUCGAGUUGGUGAGCAUUUAGAGAAACUCAUCCCCAUGGUGGUAAAGUUCACCAGUGUUGAAGACGAUGAGCUGAGGGAGUACUGUUUCCAGGCCUUUGAGGCCUUUAUACACAAAUGUCCAAAAGAGAUGUCACCUCACGUUGCCACGGUGACACAACUCUGCCUUAAGUUUAUGACCUUUGACCCUAACUACAACUGUGAUGAUGGUGAAGAGGAGGAGGAAGACACCAUGGACAUAGAGGAUGGACUUGAUGAAGAAUCAGACGACGAGUACAGUGACGAUGACGAUAUGAGCUGGAAGGUGCGCCGCUCUGCACUAAAGUGUCUGGAGGCGUUGAUCAGCACCCGCAGGGACCUCCUCCUGUCCUUCUACUCCUCCAUCUGCCCCGCUCUGAUGACCCGAUUCAGGGAGCGUGAGGAGAACGUGAGAGCUGACGUCUUUGCAGCAUUUUCAACUCUACUGAGACAAACUCGCAUGGGUUCAAGUCACCAUGGCCUCAUCCUGGCAGGUUCAGACCCGGGGGCGAGCAGGGAGGAGGAGCCUGCAGUUUCCUUGCUGAAGAAACAGGUUCCAGUGAUUGUGAAGGCUCUCCACAGACAGCUGAAGGAGAAGAGCAUUAAAUCUCGACAGGGCUGCUUCUGUCUCCUCACUGAGCUGGCUCACACUGUACCUGGAGCCCUGGAAGAGCACAUACCUGCCCUAAUACCUGGAAUUGUCUUCUCCCUGACAGACAAGUCCACCUCCUCCACCAUGAGGAUUGAUGCUCUCUCCUUCUUUCACGUCCUCCUCCUCUCCCACCCUCCACAAGCCUUUCAGCCACACAUGCAGGUGCUGCUGCCUGCAGUCUUAGCGUGUGUGGAGGACACUUUCUAUAAGAUCACCUCGGAGGCUCUGCUGGUCACCCAGCAGCUGGUCAGAGUGAUGAGGCCUCAGGGAGAGACGGCCACAGCUGGAAGAUUCGACCCCAAACCCUUCGUCAAGGAGGUGUUUUCAGCAACAAUGAAGAGGCUCAAAGCAACAGACAUCGACCAGGAAGUGAAAGAGAGAGCUAUUUCCUGUAUGGGUUACACGGUGUGUCACCUUGGCGACCACCUAGGGGCGGAGCUGCAGGGUGUCUUAGCAAUCUUUCUGGAGAGAUUAAAGAAUGAGAUAACAAGACUGACAGCGGUUAGGACCAUCACACUCAUCUCUGCCUCCUCUUUAAAGAUUGACUUGUCAUCCAUCCUGCCAGAGGCUUUGUCUGUGUUAGGGUCUUUCUUGCGGAAGAACCAACGAGCUCUGAAGCUCGGUACGUUGGCGUGUCUCACAGCGCUGGUCACCCACCACGCUCCCAGCAUCAAGCCUGCAGCUCUGGAGCCUGUGCUGAACGAGCUCCCACCUCUUGUGGAUGAAAGUGACAUGCAUGUAUCACAGGUAUCCAUCACCUUGCUGACAUGCAUGGCCAAAGUCUGCCCGUCCUCUCUGGCUAAAAUCAGCUCAUCUGUGCUGCCUGGAGUCUUCAGGCUUAUUCAUUCCCCGCUGCUUCAAGGUGGUGCUCUGGUUGCCAUUCUGGACUUCCUUCAAGCACUGGUGCUUUCCAAGGCCAGCAACUUGGGCUACAGCCAGCUGCUGAAGUCGCUCACAGAGCCUUUUCAAAGCUCUAAGUCCUCUGCAGACAGCAGCGUCCUCCACAGACAGUCCUACCACUCUGUAGCUCGCUGCGUGGCUGCUCUGUCCUCGGCUUCUCCCAAAGACUCACCUGGCACUGUGAGCAGCCUCAUACAACAGGUAAAGAAUCCAGGCUCCUCAGAGUCUGCUCGUGUCCUGGCUCUGUUGUGUCUGGGGGAGGUGGGGAGGAGCGGCAGUUUGGGAGGGAGUAAGGAGGUGCAGGGAGUCAUCUUGGAGGCCUUCUCCUCCACCAGCGAGGAGGUGAAGACGGCAGCCUCCUGCGCUUUAGGCAGCAUGGCGGUCGGCAGCCUGAACGAGUACCUGCCCUUCCUGCUGAAAGAGAUCUCAGCCCAGCAACGCAGACAAUACCUGCUCCUACACUCCCUCAAAGAGGUUAUCAGCGGCUGUCCAGCCUCUAGUCUCUCACCCCAUGUGGAGUCUAUCUGGGCUUUGCUAUUUCAGCACUGCGAGUGUCCAGAGGAAGGGACCAGGAAUCUGGUGGCUGAAUGUUUGGGAAAACUAACUUUUGUCAACCCUGCACAACUUCUGCCAAGACUUCGACAGCAACUUAAAGCUGGUUCUGCUCUGGCUCGCAGCACAGUGGUGACAGCUAUCAAGUUCACUAUUGUUGACCAUCCUGCUCCUAUAGAUUCACUUCUAAAAGACUGCAUAGGUGACUUCCUGAAAACCCUGCAGGAUGACGACAUCAAUGUACGCCGUGUCGCCUUGGUGAUGUUUAACUCUGCAGCUCAUAACAAACCAUCUCUGAUCCGUGGUCUCCUGGGAAAAGUGCUGCCUCAUCUCUACAAGGAAACCCAGAUCAGGAAGGAUCUCAUCAGAGAGGUGGAGAUGGGUCCUUUCAAACACACCGUGGAUGAUGGUUUGGAUGUACGUAAAGCAGCAUUCGAGUGUAUGUACACUCUGCUGGACAGCUGUCUGGAGGGCCUGGACGUCCUGCAGUUCUUGGAUCAUGUAGAGGAAGGACUCAAAGACCACUAUGACAUCAGAAUGCUGACCUUCCUGAUGCUGGCCAGGCUGGUCUCUUUGUGCCCUGCUGCUGUUCUCCAAAGACUGGACCGACUGGUGGAGCCACUUAAAGCUACUUGCACCACCAAGGUGAAGGCUGGCUCUGUCAAGCAAGAGUUUGAAAAGCAGGAGGAGCUGCGGCGCUCGGCCAUGCGAGCUGUCGCUGCCCUGCUGGCUGUGCCGGAGGUGGAAAGGAGCCCCAGCAUGGCCGACUUCGCCAACCAGAUUAGAUCCAAUGCAGACAUGGCGUCCAUCUACCAGAGCGUUCAGGGAGGGGAGGGAGGGGGCGUAGGACCCACAGAGAGCAUGGAUCUUAGUUAGACAAAGGCUGGAUGAAGAAUUUUCUUAUGUUUUUUUCUUUUUUUGUUAUAGAAGAGUUUAAAUACCACAGAUAAAAUGAUCUGUGUUUUAAAGAAGAAUCCUUUUUGGUUUGUUUAACAACAUAAGCUUAGUUUUUAACCCACACGAAAAAUUCACUUUAUUAUAAACAGACAAAACUGAUUAAAUGGACUAAAAACUUUCAUUCCCUGCAGUUUUUAUUUGUUUAUUUGGUUUUAGGAAGAAAAGGAGUACAUCUGGUUCACAUAUGUUAAAGUUGAAGCAGCUUUAGAUACAUUAGUUGUCGAAUAGAUGGAGGUUUCACAAGAUCUCACAGCAUUAGUGCAACUGAGGAUUUAAAUUAGGCAAAAUCUCUCACAUUGUUUUUUCUUCCUGUAAAAGCAAAACCUCACCACAGACAUACUUACAUUGUACUCAGGAAGGAAACAGCCGCUGACAUUAAAAUGUUGAUUAGCAGCAAAUAAACCACAUACUGA